GAGAGAGUAUCAUGACUCACUGUGCUUGUCGCUGCGGAACCCAAAGAGCAGACGAAAGCACGAGGGAUAUUCACUGUGGACUUCAUAGAUUAGAGAAAGGAGCAUUUUCAUAGUACAAAUGAUUUUUGUUGCUUCUUUUCUCACAUUGUUGAAGUUUAUGGCUUGUUUUUCGGCGUCAAAACUGUGACGGGUGAUACACACCGACGGCUGGACUAACGUUACAGUUUCAUUUCUUAAAGUGUAUUAAUAACUGUGGAAGCCCGGGGUAUAUAAUGCCGUUUUAAUCGUCUUUUUUUUUUCUUCUAAGUGAGGACUUAUUUACAUAAGCGCUCUUAAUUGUUUCUUAAUCACAGUCAUUGUCUAUUAAAAGUCACUUUAUUUGUAACCCCUCGCGCCUUCUGGAAUUACAGUGGAUUUGACAUCAUAUUGAAGCGUCGCCGAGCCUCACAAGCGAUGUUCAACUUUCCUCCGAGAUUCUCCACACCGCUGUGCGAACUGAGGCUUAUUUAGACGGAUCACACAUCCACGACCACCAGACUGCUUUUAACAACAAACACUUGUGGCGCGGAACUACAAAUCUGUGACUUUUUAUGGGAUGGCACUUCUAUAUUUUUAAUGUUUGAGGUGCUUGUCAGACACUUCAGAAGACAUAUAAAACCCAUGAAACAGACCGUGACUGUCAAGAUGACAACGUUUAGUAACUGCGUCGAGGGAGAGACUCAUUUUGAGAUGCUUGGAGGGGAAAACAUCUAACCGCUAACGUUACCCUGUUUCUUGCUUAUGAAGAGAUGAAGGCUGCGUCUAUCGUCCUGUAGACCUUAAGGAAGACUUGUCGGUGGGAAAACACCUUCCCGUUCCCUUCUCCAUCCCCGACCAACUUCAGAGGAACUGAAGAUGCUGCGUCUCAGCCCAGCUGGGCUCAUAUUGUUCAUGCUUUGCAGAGUCAUUGACAGUCGGAUGCUGAUGGAAGGACUGCAGAGAUUCGGUGCCAUCCCGACUUAUCUUCCGGUCCGAUACCAGGUGCUGAACGCAGAGUCUGCCUUCUUCCUGAAAGAGGCCAACCAGGACAUUAUGAGGAACUCCAGCCUGCAGGUUCGUACAGAACUUUUCUUCAUCCAACAAGCCAGAAAGACGCCGUCAGUCAAUGCCAGUUACGGGCCACUGUAUGUAGAACAACCUGUGCCUGUGGAGCUUCUGGGCCCGGGACUCUUCAAUGACCCCUCAUCCACGUCGCCAUCGUCCACUUCCUCUCCCCUCUUUAGUUUUAACUGGAAAGUGCAGACUUUUAUUAUCAGUGAGCGAAUCCAUCCAAGUUGGCCGAAGGUUCAGGUUCUCUUCUACGUUGUGGGCCGGGACUGGGAUGACUACAGUGCUGUGGACAAGUUGCCGUGUGUCAGGAUGUUUGCCUUCCACGAAACCCAAGAAGUACGAGGCACCUGUCGUCUAAAAGGGGAACUCGGACUGUGUGUGGCUGAACUGGAGCCUCUGCCUAGCUGGUUCAGUCCCCCUAGUGUCAUACCUGGUCGACAGAGAUCUCCCGAGCUGGUUGAAGGCACUCCUGUGGAGCUGUAUUACAUGCUACAAUCCACUGACACUGGGGAAUGCAGCUCGGAAGACUCCCGCAAGACCAAUUCCAUCCGCACUGGACAGCUGGGCCCUGCCGGGUACUUCUCAGGGCCCACACCCAUGCGCAGGAUCGGCAGCGUACGCCUAUUCCAGCCACUCUCAGAGCUGCGUUUGGACAGUAACUUUGUGGUGAUGGUUCCCUCCAGACCCAUCAGGCAGAGGGAGACGGUGUCAGCCUUCCUAGCAGUCUCCACCCUUUCAUCAGUAGAGAUCUUCACUUUAAGGGUCAAGUUGAAGGAUGGUGUGGCGUUUUUGGGAGCGAGGGCCACCAACCCUGUUCAGUGGACAGUUAGUCAAGACGUCAGGAGCGAGGGACACAGAGUGGUCACUCUGCACUGUCGCAGAAAGGAAGCCAACUUCGGAAAAAGGGUGGAGGCCGGUUUCCAGAAAGUUCUUCAGGUGGAUCUGGAAGUCAACGGAUUGUUGGAUCCUCUGGGAAGUCGCUCAGCGACAUGGCAGAUAGAGUACCCCAUCUCCCGAUCCCUUUCGGAUGAGAUCCAGACGAUCAUCCGUCUGGCACCACAUGACCUCGGGGGAAUCGUGCCAUUGGCUAUGGAGACAGAGAUCCUUAACGCCGCAGUGCUCACCGGGAAAACUGUUGCCAUGCCAGUGAAAGUGGUCACUGUUGGAACCGAAGGUACUGUGACCGAUGUGACAGAGUCGGUGGAAUGUCGCUCAACGGAUGAGGAAGUGGUUAAGGUGUCCGAAAGGUGCGAUUAUGUGUACGUCAACGGCAAGGAGACGCGUGGGAGGGUGAGGAUGAUGGUGAACUUCACCUACAGUUACCUCAGCGCUCAGCUGGAGAUGAGCGUAUGGAUGCCACAACUCCCCCUGCAGAUCGAGAUGUCUGAUCCAGAGCUUAGCCAGAUCAGGAGCUGGAGAGUUCCUGUAGAUGCUGCCAAUCAGAGGUCUAGAGAGGAUGACGGGGAUGAAGGAGUCAAGAAGGAUCGGAGCUGUGGUCCACAGUACCAGAGCACCACCGUCCGUGUUCUCACACACUUUGAGGCAGAGCCAGAGGAAUGGCAGGGCCAGCCAGAAUUCCUCUUGGGCAGUGACUGGCAAGUGGACGUGACAGAGUUGGUGAGAGACUCUUUAAGGGUGGUGGAUGAACGCGUAGCCAAGCUGUCAGAAGAACAGGUCCUCAUCGGUCUGAACACAGGCAUCACCAAGGUUCAGGUGAUGUCCCCAUUGUCAGACUCUGUUCUGGCUGAGAGGAUGAUCCGAGUUCUGGAUGAUAAAGUCAGUAUUACGGAGCUGGGCGUGCAGCUGGUUUCUGGCCUUUCCUUGAACCUUCAACUCAGCCCAGGAAGCAACAGGGCCAUUGUGGCCACGGCUACCACACAGGAGACCAUGCACAGUGUUAAUCAGGAGUCCCUUGUCAGUGCAUGGCUUCAGUUCAGCGAUGGCUCCAUGACCCCUCUUGACCUCUAUAACCCUGCUCAUUUCAUCCUUACGGCCACCUCGCUGGACGACCAGGUGGUGUCGGUGAAGAAAAGCACCAACUGGAGGUGGCCAGUGGUGGUGGCUAAGGGUGAAGGUCAAGGCAUGUUGGUCCAUUUGGAGAUGUAUGGACCUGAAUCAUGCCAAAAAACCAAACGGCACACAGUUCUGGCCGCAGGCAACGCAAAUGUCCAUGUGAAGUUUGGCCGUGAUGAAGAUACCGGAAACAGCGCGAGCGACAGGAGAUACAGGCCCAAUGCCCCAUACUACGGUGGUUCGAUCUCAGACAUGGAGGCUGGAAUCAUGAACCGAGGCGCUACCACCAUCAAAACCUCCAUUCCAGGAAAAGCAAGCGGCAACAGGCUUUCAGCUGGUGAUAUUCCGGUGGAUUUCUCUGAAUUCCCAGUUCAAGCAGACCUUCCACCUGGCCGUAACGCAGAGGACGACCUGCUGCAAUCUCGCCAUGGGCUUACAGACCUGGAAAUAGGCAUGUAUGCCCUGCUAGGUGUCUUCUGCCUGGCCAUCCUGGUAUUCCUAAUCAAUUGCGUCUCCUACGCCCUCAAAUAUCACAACAAGCAGCUACCAUUGGAGGGCCAGGAGACCAUGGCUCACUCCCAUGACUGGGUUUGGUUAGGCCAUGACGCCGAGCUGUUGGAAAGCCAGGCGGGUUUGUGUCUGGAUCAAGAGGAGCUGGGCGGCACCAUGGACUCUGGGCUGGGCCUGGAGGAAGGUAGCCAGCUCCUCAAUGGCCUUUCGUCUCAGAAGAGCGUUCAAGGCCAAGUCCACAGGUCGGCCUCUGACUCAGGGUGCGCUGGGAGAGAUCACAAGACCGAGUCCAUAAACUCACCCACUACCAAAAGGAAACGGGUCAAGUUCACCACUUUCAGCCAUAGCAAGCCCAGCAAUGGCUGCCCAUCCAUAAGCCCACUUCUCAUUGGUCAGAACGACAUCAAAUGGGUGUGCCCAGACAUCGAGCUUGGGGACUCCGAAGAGCUCCGAAAUUACAUGGAAAGGUUAAAUGAAAAUGCUACUAAGAACAUUGCAUAGUGGGCUUGUAGUUAUUUAUGUAUUUUUCAGACAAAAGCGUAGCUCACCCAUAUGCCUUCUAGGUAAGGAGGUGGUGGAGUGGGGGGGUGGAUGGGUUGGCCUGACUCUUCUGCACUCAGAUAAACUCUCAUCUCACCAUGAAAAGACAAGCCAUUCAUCUGGUCUUGUUUCCAUGGCAACUGUCAUGAGGGUUCAUCAUCAGGAACGAAGGAAAACAAAGAUGGUUGUGAAACCGCUGAAGAUGUGAGAACAUUGGAUUAUGACAAAUAUUUCAAUUGAGAUGUCUAUAUUUUCUUUUUUCAAAGAAGAGGAUUUUCCAUUUCUAUAUUAAAAAAAUAUAUAUUUGUCUUUUGUUUUUCCUUUCUUAUUUUAUCACACUGAAGCCUGGUUGGUGGUGGUACCUUUUUGUGAGUGAAUAUCUCAAAGAGCUGACAUUUAAACAUAUCAGUUGCGUGCUGGAAACCCAAGCAUUUCCACAAAUUGAACAUUGACUGGCUAUGAUGAUGAGUGAGAAUACAUUUUGUAAGGUUUUACAUAUUUUUAUAAAUCUCUGUUCCUGUCCGUGUUAGUGCGUCUACUGUAUUUUUCCAAAGACUGACUCCCAUAUGUAAAAGCAUGUGAAUUCAAAGUAUGGACAAAAAAAAUGUCUAUUUUGGAACUUUUUCCACCAACAAUUUGAAUGAACAUGUAUAUACUGUGGAAGACUUCUGGGAAAACAGGCAGAUAAAUGACUCUCCAUGUCUCUUCUGUUGAGCUGUUGAGCAAAUUGUAUUGUUGUAGGUAGUGUUAUCAAUAUUGUAUAAUAUGUUGUUUACAGUAUUAGAAUGAUAGAUGGUAUGCACUCCAAUUGCUUAUGUAUGUGUGCUAUAAGGUUUUGUUUUCUUUUUUCAUUUCUUUGAUUUGCUUUGCUUUUUUUGUUCACUAUGCUUACUUUUUCUCCUUACAGUGACUACCGUCUAGAACAAGAGAUAUCUAACCUACCCAAAUGACUGUCCUUCUGAUUAGUGUAAUGAUUAGGUUAAAGUUAAUUGGAUUGGAUGAAUUUGAGGGUGCAGUCCUCAGGUAAUGUGAACACCACAGGACAGUUUUUAUGUGAAUAAACUGAUUAGUCAAACACUCUAUCUAUAUAAGUUUACUAUUUCUAACCAUCAUACAGAAUUUAAUCAAUACUCAAUUACCCUUAACACAAUUUAUUUCCUAAACCAUUCUCACUUAGAUAAUGUGUGGCAACUAAUUCCUUAGUCAGGUGUGUCGGCACCGAUGUGCAUAAAAAAAAACAAAACAAAAAAAAAAAUCAGUCCAACUGGAUCAUUCAAAUGUCUUAUUUAAGACUGUAUUAAUUAGAAUAAAAUCUAAUUAAUAGUAUAAAUUGUAUUAAUUAAUUCUCUCCACUCUUCCCUGCUUGUCUUGUAUUUUAUGAAACGGAAACAUACUUUUGAAGACCACAGAAGAAUACUUGUACAUGAGGAGGUUCAUCCAGUGUUCAAGACUGUCUGGUGUUCACUUGAAUACAUAGUGCCGGUCCGUGGUACUAUCAAGUCAAUACUCUCAAAAAAUAUUUUGCCUAUAUGCGAUGAUUCAUUGUUUAUGUUGCAUUUUAAGUAAUUUUUUUCAUCAGUAAUUCAUUCAGUUUAAUUUUUUAUUCAAUUGUAGUCUGUUUUGUGAGCUGAAAAGCACUGCCUAUUACCAUAAACAAUGUGAAAACCAUUUUUUAAUUUAUGCAUUGCAUCACUGGGUUUUCUAUGUGCAUAUUAAAUAAAGCAUCACAUCCUGCUUUUCCACUUUUUACCAGUUGAUGGCACUGAAUUCUAACACCAGUUGCCUCAAAGGGAACGUGCAGAUUUUGAUGGUCAUUCUCCUUGACAGGCACAUGACCCAAGUCUACAAAUAAAGGUUACGUGUUUAAAACUGCUGAACUAUACUGUAAAUGCGCAAGUACAAUGUUGCGACUCAACAUUGCUGCAUAUAAUACAGUAAAUGUUCUCAGAGCAGACUGUAAUUUUACCCCACUGAACUGCAGUAAACAACAGGCUUUAACGAGAAGUGUGUUGUUGCGCCGUCUGAGCACCAUGUAAUUCAAAGGUUAUUGCAGACACGAUAGCCCUGGAUGUGAGAUAUGGUCCAUUUCUUCAGUCCUGCACAUUAAAGGCUCAUUAGUGCUAAACUAUACAGGCAGGAUCCCAGUGCUGGAUGGUGCUGCUCCCUCCCCUCUGAGACAGGCCAGACUAAUUAAUGAUCAGCGCGAUGAGGCUUUACUCCAUGUUAAUUUGACAUUACCAUGCAACCCUUCGUGCUAAAUGAUUGUAUUCAUUUAACUACAGUGAUCUGACAAUUAACACCACCUUCAUCACAUGUGACAAAGAAGCGUGACUCCGCCUCGUUCAUCUCCACAAACAUUUGACCUGCCACUUGGGUACAUUUUUGACGUGUAUUUCCAGUGAAUGUUUCAUAGCUUAUUGAUAUUUCCCGACAAGUCCUGUUAAUUUAUCUUUCAUUAUGAUAACUAGAACGCAAACAAAUUAAAGGAUGAACAUGUCAACACAACAAAGAGCUGUGAAUGAUUUUCCAAAGGCGCACAACUUUAUCCAAGGUGGCGACCGAAACAAUACAAGUUCAUUAGUGGAAAUCAUAUACGCACGCGUAAUAUCGUUCCCGGCGGGACAAAUCUUUUUAAGAUCCAAAUUGAGAGCCUGCACACUUAACCCUCAGAGGGAUGCUUCUGGAAUUGGGUCUGUUUUUUUCCUUUUAUCUCAGCUGAUAUUUUGGUAUUUGGGUCUCUGUUCUCGCGUCUCGGAGGAAUUACGCGAGAACUCUCUAAAUUAAAUCAUGACAUUAGCUGGUGUCUGUCAGGAGUGUUUAUUAAUACGGCUAAUGUCGCAGGCUGGUUAUUAUCUGCAUGAAAUGCUUCUUUCUUUCCUUUCUCGAGCUCUUUAGAUUUUAUAAAACAAAGGGUGAGGAAAAAACAAAACCUUUCAACCUCCCAUUAGCUGAGUUUUCAGAAGAGCAUCUUGCUGUAAUCUUGCCUUCUACUAGUAAACAAUGUUGGCGUUGCUGUAAAUGUCAACAGAGUUGUCAGUAUAAUGCCAGCACUGCUCUCACAACAGAUGAAGACGGAUGGCCAAACCUCCGACGUGCAAACAAAUUUAUAGGCGUUCUAAAUAUGAACAUGGUAAUGUAAAAUACACGACAUAGACUUCAUUUCCCACUAACUUUUUGGCUCAGGUCUAUAACUUUACAAUAAACCUUUCGAGACUCAUCAUAAAUGUCCAUCAAUGCCAGUUUAUGAACUGUCAAUCAUCUUGGGACUCUGGACGUUGUUGCGCCUUUCAUUUUUGCCCAGAUAAGUGUCCAUGACAUGAACAUCGUUUUUUUAUGAGAACAGGCACUGCAGCGCAUGCUCCAUAUAUUUUGGAUGUUUUUCCGUCGUCUCUGGCCUACUUUUAUCUGCUGUUCAAAAAGGAGCUUCUCACUGUUCGACUUCUAGUAACAGCGUGACAGACCAUAGUAAAGCAGCUGAUAGAAGCAAAGUAUAUAGGAGACGAAAGAGUCUACACACCAAAUGUUGCUCCAUUUCACUAUUAAAUUGAACCAGUACUGCAGCCAUCUCUGGCAGCACCGAGAAGAUUGAAAAUGGCUUUUAUCAUUGUUGUUUUUUUGCUGGUUAGUUUUUCCCGUGCGUUAUGUUUAACAAUGCAGUUCCUUCAUAUGGAUGUCUCUUGUUCUUCCAACAAGCAGUGGCCUAAAGAAUUGUUUGAACACUUAAACUGCACUUAAAGUGAAUUUUAUUGCAUAAAUGCACUGACAAGUCCAAAUAUUCUAGUUCUUUAUUCUCUCAAUUUAAUCCCA